CCGGUUUUCACACGGAGGGAGGAAGGGUGCCACUCCAUCGUCAUGGAUCCGGCCUGGAGAGAGUGGUGCGUCUUGGUUGCAACCGCCGGUUCAGCUAAGCUUGAAUUGAACGGGCGCCAUUGGGCCAGGUGCGUCCAUCCAGGGCGAGCCGGCUGGCCACGAGGUCGGGUCGUUCCUUUCCUUUGGAGGGCCGAGCUUUACAUCUCGGCCAUGCAUCCUGGCGAGCAUCUAAAGAUGGCGAUGGUACUCCAAGAUACGGUGGGUGUGGCAGCUCCUUGGGCUUUGUUCCCGCCGAAAAUUCGGCUACAAAUACUGGAGGUAGUCUUGCGCCAGGGUGGUCGCGGCUCCUGCGCGGCUGUCUGCUCAGAAUGGAAGGCAUUCAUUGAGCCGCAGAAUUUCUACCGACUAGAACUACAGGUACCAUGCCUAGAGCAACUUGGCCAUAUGGCCACUCGAACUCCGGGUCUUGUUCGUCAAAUUCGGCUGAAUAUUGAGCUACCACGAUACUCAUGUCGCUCUUGUCAGUGGCCUGAAUCAAGGUCGCGUAAGUCGCAGCAUAGCUCCAUCUUCAGAGCUGCGAUACAGAAACUGUUUACUGUCUUAAGUGCUUGGAAACCGACAGGCCACCUCGUAUUAGAGCUCAACACCUUCUCACCUAGCGACUCGGAGCACUGGUUCAAAAAUUAUUGCAUUGGACUAGACGCCCAAACCGAUGGAGAAUCUGAGCAGCAGCAGCAGCAAGAGGCUCCCGCUAGAUGGCAUGACCCAAAGCACGGCUGUAUUGAUGGCCGGCAGGUGGAAAGUCCCUCUGCAUAUGCUAUGUCACGUCUCUUCGCCCCGAUAUGCUUAAGUCUCCCGGAGAGCAUCCCGGAGGUCCACGCAGUGACGCGGCUUGUCAUACGUCGAGAAUGUCGGCGGCAGAUUAUACCGCCAGUUCUCAGGCUAUUGCUGCAGAAACUUCCUCGGCUACAAAGUAUGGUCUACGAGCCAUGGCGCGCUUGCCGCCGCACCUGGAAGAUUGCGUGUGAUAGAGUUCACGUCGAAAUGCUCUCGAUCUUUGAGGAUCCCAAUUCUGAGCUUGUGUCGGCAAUGCACCGCGAUCCGUUGUUCCAGCAUAUUAUCGAUGAUAACAUGACGGCAGGUGCCGAGCUAGUCAGAGCCCUGGUCUUGAGGAGUUGUGACCUCAAACAUCUCUCAAUCUCCUUCAUGGUCGAUGCCCGACAAUUUUUGGACUCUUUGCAGUCAACUCAUUGCUGCUACAAAUUACGAUCGCUCACACUCACGGCGUCCAUCCUCAAAAGAGAAUCCCAGAGUAGGCGAAUUGCUUCUUUCUUAAGCGACGCGAGCUGGUUUCCGAAAGAGAUGAAGCAGCUCGAACGAUUGAUACUUUGGAACAGUAAGCGAGGAGAGGCGUGUGCGGUCAUCUAUCAAAGGGACAGAUCAAGCCAGCAAGCUACUCUGAUGAGGCGCGGAACAUGGCAUUUUGAGCUGAAUUACGAAGUGGUAGAAUCCUGGAAGAAAGUCGACCCAGAUUUCAUCCUCCGAAUCGAAAAUGAGCAGCUACACGCAGUCAUCAAACAAAAGGGUGAUUCCAUCUACCACUUACGUUUGCCAGGGGAGGUUAUCGAUCCAAUUUCUGCCUGGCAGCUACGACAGGAAGCAUUCGUGGGAGAAGAGGUCUGAUGAAGGGCCUUCUUGUUGGCUC